AAGUGAGUGUAAGUGGAUUGGGACAGGGCCGGUAGCGGUAUUUCCUGACUGUAUGCAGGAGGUUUAGUUUUUACUCCUGAAGGUGAAAGAAACCCUGAGAGUGUCCAAGCAGCAGGUGAUUGAUCUCCUGAGGAGGGUUUUGUCAGCUGAUGGUGUGAGAGCUGCUGAGCUUCUCUCCUUCUCAUCCUCCUCAUCUUCUUCACCUUCCUCAUCCUCCUCAUCACUCCACUGGGUUCAUUUAAAGCCAUGGUUUAUUUAUUUUAUCUUCCUGGACCAUAACAUCUGAUGAACUGUUCCUGAGAUCUGCACUGAUGGACCACAGCUCACAAUCUGACCAACCGUCCAGACAAUCAGAUCACACAGAAACUCCACCCACUUCCUGCGGGUCGUCCAGGCCCAGAUUCAGGAUGCUGGAAGAAGCUCGGGAGAAGCUCAAGUUCAUCCUGGGAGCGUCAGAAGACAAUUCUUCUGAUGAUGAUGUUUCCACCUCGUCCAGAUCCCAAAUCAGUAGCAGGAGUGACGGACCUGAGACCACCUUACAGAAGACACACCAUCAGUCCACAAGCAUGAGGCCUAGCAUGUCUGGUCCUCACCUGAUAAAGAAAGGUCGAGAGCAGAGGAGGAUGGAUAUACCACGAGAUUUCACCGUGGCCUCUCCGGCCGAGUUUGUGAAGAGAUUUGGAGGAACUCGCAUUAUAGAAAAGGUGCUGAUCGCCAAUAACGGCAUCGCGGCAGUGAAAUGCAUGCGCUCAAUCCGCCGCUGGUCUUACGAGAUGUUCCGCAACGAGAGAACCAUCCGCUUCGUGGUGAUGGUCACACCGGAGGACCUGAAAGCUAACGCGGAGUACAUUAAAAUGGCGGAUCACUACGUACCGGUCCCUGGUGGUCCAAACAACAAUAACUACGCCAACGUGGAGAUGAUCGUGGACAUCGCAAAGAGAAUCCCAGUGCAGGCCGUGUGGGCUGGAUGGGGUCACGCUUCUGAAAACCCAAAGCUUCCAGAGCUGCUCCAUAAAGCUGGAAUUUCAUUUUUAGGCCCAUCCAGUAAGGCCAUGUGGGCUCUGGGAGAUAAAGUGGCCUCUUCUAUAGUAGCUCAGACUGCAGGAAUCCCCACGUUACCCUGGUCUGGGUCUGGGCUGAAGGUGGUGUGGGAAGAGGAGGAGCAGAGACUGGGUCAUGUGAUCAGCGUCCCACUAGAACUCUACACUAAAGGCUGUGUUCGAGACGUGGACGAAGGACUCGCUGAUGCAGAGAAGAUCGGUUAUCCUGUACUCAUUAAGGCAUCAGAGGGUGGAGGAGGUAAAGGAAUCAGGAAAGUGGACAAUGCUGAAGAUUUCCCCAGCUUUUUCAGACAGGUCCAGGUGGAGGUUCCUGGCUCUCCCAUCUUCAUCAUGCAGCUGGCUCAGCAUGCGCGCCACCAGGAGGUACAGAUCUUAGCAGACCAGUACGGAAAUGCCAUCUCUCUGUUUGGAAGAGACUGCUCCAUCCAGCGCCGUCACCAGAAGAUCAUCGAAGAGGCUCCGGCCACCAUCACCUCGUCCUCCACCUUCCAGCAGAUGGAGAGGUUUGCAGUGCGCAUGGCUAAGAUGGUGGGAUAUGUGAGUGCAGGAACAGUAGAGUACCUGUUUUCAGAGGACGGCAGCUUCCACUUCCUGGAGUUAAACCCCAGACUGCAGGUGGAGCAUCCGUGCACUGAGAUGAUCGCAGAUGUUAAUCUCCCAGCCGCCCAGUUACAGAUAGCGAUGGGAAUCCCCCUGCACAGGAUUAAGGAUAUCCGUGUGCUGUAUGGGGAAUCCCCGUGGGAUGAUAACCGCAUUAAUUUCGAGGAUCCGGAGUGUCUUCCCAGUCCUCAUGGUCACGUCAUCGCCGCACGCAUCACCAGCGAGAACCCGGAUGAGGUGAGCGAGGGGGAGAUAUGACUGAGUGGUGUUUAU